AGGGCCGGUCAUAGGAUGCGCACCCUGCGCUAACAUGAAGGCACACGGGGCAGGUUCUGCCUUUCAUUUUAAAGAAUAAGCCUUGUUAUUUCUACAAGAGCUGAAUCCUUUUACUGGACUAAAGUAGAUGCGACACCGACUCAAUAUCUUGGUCCUGCAGAAUGUCCAAGAUCAGGCGGAAGGUAACAGUGGAGAAUUCAAAAACCAUAUCUGACAGCAGCAGCAGCACCCCGACCAGCAGCACCAGCAACAACCCCGCCGCCCCCUCCCGCCGGCCCAGCGUGUUCGAAAGACUUGGCCCCAGCACUGGGAGUAAUGCUGCUGAUAGUCACUGUAGAAAUUGGCUGAAGACCGGUAAUUGCAGUUACGGCAACACUUGUCGCUACACACAUGGAACUCAGCCACGAGGCAAAGGAUUUAGCUUUAGUCGGUCAGCCGAGAGACCCACAGGUGAUCUGCGGGAGAGGAUGAAGAAUAAAAGACAAGAUGUUGACCCAGAAAACCUAAAGCGAGACCCAGAAGAGCCCACAUCCCCCACAGCGAGACAGAGAGACUCCUCCAGAGGCCGACACAGGGAGAAGGAGGAUAUAAAGAUAACAAAGGAGCGCACCCCAGCCAGUGAAGAAGAGCCCACAGAGUGGGAGACAAACCGUGAAGACUCGGAUAUCGGUGACUACGACUACGAGUUAUCCCUAGAAAUGAAGCGCCAAAAGAUUCAACGUGAGCUGAUGAAAUUGGAGAACUUGGAAAAGAGGGAGGAGAUCGUCAUCAAGAAAGACGAGACCCCCACCAAAACAAGAGCGACUGCCAUGCCUAAAGCCUCCCCGGAGCAGUUAAGCAACAGAGAUUCACCCUCAUCCAGAAAGUCCAGUGGAUCCCCAAAGCACAAAAGUGGAACAAAAGGCCCAGGAUCUGGCAAGAAGGAGAAGAAGGCGUCUGUGUCCUCACCGGUUUCAGAAUCUGCCAGGUCUUCUAAAGGAGGUCACAGUAAAAAGAAAGGGCCCCGGACUCCGAGUCCUCCUCCGCCAGUCCCUUUGGACAUUCCUGUCGUUGGGAAGAAACACAAAGGCAAACACAAAAACAAGGAGAAGUCUGAGGAGAAGCAAAAAGAGGGGAAAGAUCGAGGACGGGAUACAGAGAAACACAAAGAGAAGAAGGAAAAACGCAGAGACAGAUCGGACAGUUCCCACAAGGCCAAGCGGUCGGUGACAUCAGAGGAGCGCUCUGGUAGUGUGUCAUCGCACCCGACUUCACCGCCAGCCAGAAAGAAAUCCACCUCUCCUAAAGCUUCGUCCCAUAAGGCCUCUGCCCUGGCCUCACCUCCUCGCAGGUGUCCUUCUCCUCCUCGCCGCCAGCACACCCCCACCCCUCCUCGCCAUCUCUCCCCUUCCUCCCACUCCGGUUCCUCUGCCCAGCGGCACUCUUUGUCUCCUCGUCGGCGCCGCUCGUCCUCCCCCUCCUACCACCGGAGCACACCAGCUGCGGCCUCUACCUCUCCCCCUCCGAGCUCCCGCCGCUCCCCAUCACCGCCUCCCUCCCAGGACGCCUCCUCCCCUCACCGCCGAUCAGACAGGUCAAGCCCCAGCAGACACCACUCCAGGGGCCGAGAGAGAAGCCGGGGUGAGAGAGAACGGAGUCCGCCUGCUCAGGAGCGCAGAAAUGAGCGCAGAGAUGAAAGCCGCAGCAAGCGAGACAAGGACAGCAUCCGCGAUGACCGGGACUACGACUCUGAACAAGUAUCAUCACGGGACGCUCGUGACGAUAGAGAGACCAGAGAGCGACGCGACGCUCGCGAUCGAGGACGAGAACCGACGCGAGACUCUCGUGACCACAGAGACAACCGAGACGUGAAGGACUCCAGAGAGAGUCGCACAGAGACGCGCUCAAGCCGAGAGUCGCUGGAGAUCCGUGACCGCGAACGGGAACGAGAGAGGGAGCGUGAGAAAGAGAGGGAGAAGGAGAGGGAGCGAGAGAAGGAGAGAGAGAGGGAGAGGAGCGAAGCCCACAGGAAGGAGGAGGCGCCUCAGGACGACAGGAAUUAUGGGAGAGGACACGGACGUGAAGAAAUAGUGAGAACAGAAGGGAGGACAGAGACGAGGGUAGACAGAGCUGAGAGGAACGGACGAGGAAGGGGGCGAGCUAAUGAAACGUCUGAUAAAGCCUCGAACAGAAACUCCCGUGGUUCCCAGCUGGAAAGCAGCCACGACAGUUGGGAGUCGAGAAGCAGCGCGGUCCGUGAACGCAGCGCAGAGAGGAGCACAGAUCGCAGUGUUACAGAGAGAAGCUCUGACAGGGGAUCAGACCGAGAUCGCUAUGAGGGGGACAGGAGGGGAGAGCCGGCCCGAGACUCCUCCUACGACCGGAGAGGGGGGCAUGCAGAGCGGGAUCGACGAGACAACCGAGAGAGAGAUCAAAGAGCAGCCUCCCCGAGUCGACACCCAGGGAGAUCAGAGAAGCCCGAGAGGGAGGAAAGGAGGGAGGAGCGCAGGACAGAUGACAGACGAGACGAGAGACCCCGCGACCGGGAGCGAGAGAGGGAAAGGGAGAGAGAGAAAGAGAAGGACAGGGAGCGAGAGAGGGAGAGGGAAAAGGAGCGAGAGAAGGAGCGGGAGGCAGAGAAGGAGAGGGUCAGGGAGAGAGAGCGGGAGCGGGAACGAGAGAGGGAGCGCGAGAGGGAGAGGGAGCGCGAGAGGGAAAGGGAGCGAGAGGAGCGGGAGAGAGAGAGGGAGGAAAGGGAGAGGGAACGGGAGAGGGAGAGGAAGGAGCGGGAGAGGGAACGGGAGAGAGAAAGGGAGCAGCAGGAGAGAGACAGGCAGAGGGAAUGGGAGGAGAGAGAGAGAGGGAGAGAGGAAAGGAGGGAGAGGAGGGAGGACGGAAGGGAUGACCGAGCCGUGCGAGACACCCGUGAUGAUCGCAAGACGAGUCGUAAAAGGCCCAGGGUGGAGAGCAGCCCGAGCCCCCGACCCUCCCCAAAGCGAGCGACGCGGGACCUCAGCCCAGCAGACAGCGACGGCUACAACAGCGCCGAGGACAAAAGUGAGCGCCUGAUUGGCCGAGGGCAGGCCAAGAUCCACCCUCAGCCCCUCCUCCCCAGCCCAGUGUGUCCGACUUCAUCUGACAGUGAUAAGCAUCGUCUCCUGAGCCAGGUGGUGCGGCCCCAGGAGCCCUUGCUUCGUUCUCCACCAACCUCUGCCUCUGAUGAAAAACCUGCCCACUGGAAGGACGAGGAGCGUAGAGGAGCCGGGGACAAGAGGGAAGCACGCGGCCGCCUCGAGGACCUAGAGCCUCGUGGGGAAAGAAGCAGAGUAGGUGACAGACGAGGGGAGCAUCUGGCAGACCCCCUAUCUGACUCCCGCAGCAGAGGCAGAGACCAGCGGGACUCCACCCCGCCUCUGCCUCCGCCACCUUCAGUUCCCGCCCCUGGCAGUGAGGACAGAGACACGGCGGGCUCCCAGUCUCACGAGGAAGGUAAAAAGAAGAUAAAGUCACAGAGGAAGGGCUUGAAAAAGGGUCGUAAAGAAGAGGAAGGUGGCGGCGGGAGUAACCUGGUUGCAACAGGAGAUCGUUUCAACCCAGAGCCUCCUGCAGGCGGAUCCUCAGAUGGAGCUCCACUUUUACACUCCCCCAGGAAAGGAGCCAAGAAGAAGGUGCUCGAAAGAAAGAAACGAUCCCGAGGAGGAGAAUCUGAUGUGUCUGAAGAGGAUUCAUCCGCUCAUCAGCCACAUAGCAAAAGGAAGAGAGGUCCACGCACGCCACCGCCCUCCAUGAGGCCUGAUCAUCGUGGGACUGGAGGCAAUGUGGAGCCGCCUCCACUCGUCAAGAUGGACAACUUCAGUGACUGGUCCGAUGAGGAAGUCUCAGACAGAGCAGUAGGACCUCUGGAAGCACAAGCUCCCCUGACUACUGCUGAGAGAGCUCCUGCUGAGCCUCUGAGGAGAGGUGCUGCACGGGCGGGCAGGGACAGGGAGCGCUGCAAUCCCCCUCCUAUUGCACCGCUCCUCCCCCAGGAACCUCCAAUGCUGCUGCAGACUCUGACCCCCCAGCCGCUCAUGUCCCAGCCUCUGCUCCGUAAGCCUCCCCCUGAGCAGACACGCAGCAGCAGCAUGGGGAGCAACCAGAGCCGCGCAUCAACCAGACGCCUGAGAUCGCCUUCAAAUGAAUCUGCCAACAGAGAAGACCCGCAAGGUCUGCGAUCCCGCCGAGGCCGGCUGCAGGGCACCAACUCUCGGGACAGAGAACGAGAGAGGGAAAGAGAGAGAGAGCGGGAGAGAGACAGGCAGGUGGUGAAUGAUCCACCUGGAGCCGAGAGGAAGUCUCGGAUUGACCAGCUGAGGAGAGGGGAGCCGAGCCGCAGCACCUCCUCAGAUCGGCAGGAUUCCCGCAGCCACAGCUCCAGACGCAGCUCUCCUGACUCUGAGAGACAGGCGAGAUCCCGCGCCGGAUCCUAUGACAGCCGAGAACGUGAAAGGGAACGGGAGACGUUUGAGCGGGAGAGGGAACGAGACCGAAAGGACCUGCGGCCUCAGCAGCAGCAACAGCAGCAGCAGCAGCCGCUCCUCCUCCAGCAGCCCAUACAACAACCGAGAGACUGGGAGCCUGAACCCAGAGACUGGCCGAGCAGGGGACGCGAGCCUCUGCUGAUGCGUCCCGGUCGCGAACCUCUCCUGAGGGAGCGGGACAUCAGGGACAGGGAACGUUUACUCCCUGAAGGACUCAUCCAGCAGCACGAGCGUGAGCGAGAACGGGAGCGAGAGAGGGAGCGAGAGAGAGACGGCAGAGGCGGAGAUCGAGAGAGGGAGAGGAUGAUGAUGAUGGAUCUUCCGCCCCACGGCGAUUCCAGGGCUUCGGCACGAGGGGAUCUAAGGGGGGACAUGAGAGGAGACCUGCGAGGGGAUAUGAUGAGACAGGACAGGGGCGACUACGAGCCUUUGCUGCCAAGAGAAGCCUUCAGCCCUCCAGAGACCGACAAACCCAGCAACAGUCACCACCUGGAACAACGAGAGCUGGAGAAGACUGACAGCUUGGACGGAGACGAUGAUGGGAAAGAGGACGACGGGCAGUCGGUCGCAUCCGUUGGAGAGGAGUACGAACCAAUCAGUGAUGACGAGCUGGAUGAGAUUUUAGCUGACAGCCAGAAGAAAGAGGAUCAGCAAGAGGACGAGAAAAUCACAGGUCCUUUAGAUGUGAUCGAUGUGGACUGGUCUAGUCUGAUGCCCAAACAGAAGCAGGAGCCCCGGGCAGCGGGGGCAGCGCUGCUCCGGUUCACCCCAGGGGCCGUGCUCCUUAGGGCGGGCAUCUCCAAGCGACUUGCGGGGCCUGAGCUCCUGGAGCAGGUCAGAGAGGUGUGCAAGUCUGAGCUGGAUGACCCUAAAGAUGCUGACAAGCUAUUUGAGAAUGACCUGGGGGCGCUGAACAUGGCGGCCCUGAACAGGCGGGUGGAGCGAGCAGGUUUACUGACGAACCUCGGGCCCUGCUGCAAGGCUCUGUGUGCACGCAGGGACUUCGCCAUCCGCCGGCAGCUGUUAAAAAAUGAAAAAGGCCUGACCAAACAGUACCCCGCCACGCCUGUGGUGGACACGGAGCUGCUGCAGAUGAGCAUGCGGCUCUUCAGAAGGACCAUGGCCGGCCAGACGUCGGGACCAGAGCGGCCUGAUGCCGCGUCGGGACCUGCAGCCGAGGCUGCUGCAGCUGGUAGUGGUAGUAAGGUUAGCACAGCGCAGCCUGAGGUGUGUGUGUCCUGAACGCCACGGAUUGAAAGUGAACGCUUGUGUUUUGUCCGACUCCCCUGACUCUGUCCUGUUUCGCUACAUGCAUAGCCUUUUUAGUCAUGAGAAGAAGAAAUACAGAAAAACAGCAAACUAGUGAAUCAGUUAUACUUUACAUGUUUUAUGAUGAUCUGCAAGUGCUGUGCCAUAGACUACCAGACAUUUUUAGCCUAUGGAGGUGUGUCAUGAACCAUGUAUGAGAAGCAUCAAACACACCUGAAAUGACGUCAUGUUUUUGUUUUUGUGCAUUACAAUGUUUUAGAGCAGCUUUUUAAUUGUCAGUUCCACUUUGUCUAACCACGUUCAAGUGUUGUUUUCUUAGAUUGUGCAUUGGUUGAUACAGCUGUGCAUUAAAAUGGUUAGAUGUGGAUUUUUGUAAUGGGUCUUUUGCUUUUUACCAAGUGACUGUUCAGCCUUGAAAUCAUUUGAUGUUAUUCCUGUUUGUUUACACCAUAUUUCAAAGAAUCUGCAGAUCAAAUCUAAAACAUUUGCCGCAGAUUGUUACUGAUGAACACUGAAACAUCCUGCAGGGACUUGAAUGAACAUUUCUCAUGAAUAAGCACUGCCAAACUAUUCCUUUAUUGAAUGUACUUUGUUAGAACUGUUGGAACACAUGAUUGUUGUUUUUUUUGUUUUUUUUUCUUGAUGAAUGGUUUGGCAAUGUCUCCCUGAAAUAAUGAACUGAAGCGAGCAGAAAGUACCAGAUCUUUGACACUGCCAUGUGGAACUUCUCUCUUAAACCUUCUUCACCCCAUCCAUCCAUACAAAAAGACGCUAAAGCAGUAGCUGCUCACAUAAAAAAAAAAGACUGAAAA